UGUUGCAAUGAUUUUUGGGUAUUCAUUUUUGUAAUUAUUAUUCUACUGGGGCAGAAGAAACAAAGCCAAAGAACCACUUGCAAGAGGAAAUGCAUGAAAUCAACUCUGCCCCAAAACAUGCAAAAGAAGACAGUUUAGGCUUAUCAGAGAAACUUCAAGAUACCCCAUUUAAAACACCAGACCUCAAUAUUGACCAGUUCCAUAGUGGUAAAGAUUUACCCAAAGGAAAGAAAAGAAAGCGAGGCCAUGGGGAAGCUGCAUAUGAUGGGAAAAUUCUCAGGAAAAGCCCAAGACCAAAUUAUUUUGUUGGUAUCAGAGUCUCAGACUGUGAAAUUCAUAGAACAAUUGUGAGGAUUCAAGAGGCUAUCAUAGCAUCUGAUUCCAAUUUAUAUCAGGCUCUGAUUGAUGUAGCAUCUUCGCACAUUACAGUGUUGGUUAUGUACAUUGAUAGUGAUAUUGCUCUCUCCGUUGCUUCUUCAGCACUAGAUACAUGCUGGGAUAAAUUGAAAGAAGAUAUUGAAGAAAGCCCCAUACAGAUGACAUUUUCAGGGAUAGGGAGCUUUUCAGAUAGAGUAGUUUAUGCUAGAUUGAGAGAGGAUGAACACUACUUUAGAUUACUCAAACUAGCCAAGGAAGUGCGCCAAAUAUUUUCUAAUGCAAGUGUGUGUUUGCCUGAUGAAAAACCCAUGCAGCCUCAUCUGACAAUUGCCAAGAUGUCAAAGGUUCGUCAGAAGGCAGGCAGCUUCCCAAGGAAUAUCAAUCCUGCAGCUUACCAGCCCUUGAAGAAUAUUUACUUUGGAUGCCAAUCAGUGUCAGGGCUUCAGCUCUUGAGUAUGACCAGACCAAAAGACUUGGAAAGGUACUAUUAUUGUGCCAACGAGAUAAUAUUUGAUGAAACUUGCAAGGAAAGAGGAGAUCAUUCUUAUUGUUGCUUUCCUAGAAGACCUUUAGGUUAUGUGUAGAAGUUGGAGUGAAAGUGGUAAGAAUUUUUCCAUUGGAAAUGCAAAAGUCUUUGAAAAAUGUCAAUGAUUAG